ACUCGGUGGUUAGAGAGAUACGAAAGUCAGUAAUGAGGGGAGAAGCUCGUACAGGUAGUUUAUGAACUCUGUACCUCGGACGUAACGGUGAAGUAAGUCAAUGGAAGUUCAAGAUUCGUUCAUCUUGGAAUUAGUUCAUGACUCCCGACUGACCCAGUGCGAUACAGACUUGUCGUUCUGCUCUUUAAAACUGCAACCACCAGUUUAACGCAGACUCGGUUGGCCUCAUUUAGAUGAUGUUAAUGAGGCACGCUAUGGAAGACCACAUGGGUUGGUCUUCCCUGUAGGAUGGUGGCACACAGCUCAGUGGAUGAUAGCUCAGGCACAGCAGACCGCAGAGAGCUGGUUUCCCCGAGGCACACAGCCGCUAGGCCUGAGACCCACUUCCGGUCCUUCAGGAAUGAGGCUGAAUUCAAGAUCAUCGUUGAGACCACCUCUAUGCUAGAGGAGAGCGGCUUCUACUGGGGCCCCAUGACUGUGGAGGAGGCCCAUCGCAGACUAAAGAAAGAGCCACUGGGCACCUUUCUGAUCCGGGACAGCCAGCAAAAGGACGUUUUCUUCACGCUUAGUUAUAAGUCACCCAACGGCCCAGCCAGUAUCCGGAUUAUCUUCCAGGGCUCCUGCUUCAGCCUGGCCGGCAGCAAGGAGUCCUUCGACUCCUUGUUCAAGCUGCUGGAACACUACACCAGCUCAGCCAAGAAGAGCCUUGGGCAGCCGUACCGGAGAGUGCGCGUGCAGAGCCUGCAAGAGCUGUGUCGAAGGCAGAUCAUGGAGACGUGCGGUGGCGAGAAGGCUAUCGACAGCAUCCCCGUCAUCCCUGCCAUGAAAACUUUCCUCCGCUCCUUCCCAUAUCGGUUGUGAAGUCCUGACGGACGGCAUUAAAGGAUAUGGGAUAUGCUUGGGAUACUUGACAUACUCCGCAUGGCCUCGUGACAUAUUCCAUAUGGCCUCGUGGUGUAAAGCAGGCACUUUGUAGCACAAUUCUGAAAGUUAGACUUGAACACUCUGCAAUGAAAGUUUACAUUGACCAUGAAUGUUUACACUAUACAGGGAGCUUGGAUUCCUGUGUCUAUAUUUUUGCUAUGCAAAAAUAGGAGCUAUGCAAAACUCCUAUAUCAUUAUUUUUAUAUUA